ACAUAAUAUAUUCCGGAAGCACAGACGUACUCACUUAUACUGGAAUGUGAAAACAAUAUGCAGAUGAAAAACUCUAGUUUUGGGAUGGAAUUGCUGUCUAUCAGAAUAUCCAGUCAUUUAUCGAUUUUCUGUGGAUUGAUUGCCACUAAUCAAAAUGUACCAGAGAUGGAGAAAUUUGUUGUGGAAACAGAUAACGAAGUAACCUUCUGCUCCUGGAAAUUGGACCAAGCUUCAACACUAUCCUUACUCAUGCAGUCAUGCUAAUGUUUGGAGUAAGUUUUCAAAUCUGCUUGUCCGCAUACUCCACUCUCCAAUGAUGUUUGAGCUACAUGUCAAUUGCGUAACACUGGGGGAUCUUGACUAGGCCAUCUCGACUUACCAGAUGUUGGAUACGGAAAUGCUGUUGAGAGUGGCGACACCAAUAAGCACUUUGAAGCCUGUUCCCAUUGUUUGAAUGAAGAAGUCAGCUGUACAUCUCAUGAAACUUCCCAUCCAUACUGCUUACAGAUUCCUCAAGCUCAGUUUUCACUAGCACUUGCAAUAUCGACCUGGUAAUCAGAUGAGUGGCAGAAGUAGAUGUGGACGUGCUAGUAUGGGAAAGUUGAGCGUGAUGGUCCCUACUGGAAUAAAUGGAGUUUAAAGAAGUGAUGAUUCAUUACAGUAAGACGAGAAACGAGUCCAGAAAUGCUAGCUCUGGCUUACUGGAGAAAGAUCCUAAUAUAACAGUAAUAUUGCGUCUAAUGUUUACUUCCUUUGUUCCUCUAGCGCAACAAAAGCAAGUGGCCGCUGCUAUUACAGGUAACUUUUCUUAGCAUUAUCUUCUCCUGUUUUCUUUCUCCACUUGUGGUGAAUAAUACUUCAUCUUCAGAACAAUUUGCUGCUGCAGCAUGAAACUCUCAUUGUCUUUGGAGAUUUCUGGUGUUUAUGUCUGCAAAGGUUAUAUCUAUGAUGUAUGUCAUUUUUGACCUGAAGGCAGAAGGCCUGGUUAAGGCAGUGAAAGAGUUGUGAAGCAGUUGACAAACCACAUCAUUAAGAGGCCUUUGUUGAGGCGGUAAUUAGCCUAAUACUGUACCAGUCGUGUCUGAUCGACCAAGGUUCGCUAGUUUGCUUAGUGACUAAGCAGGCCUUGUUAGUGCCUUAGCAGCAUGAAGUUGAUGUAGAUUAUCUUUAAGGAGGCAAGACCAGUUUUCAGCUCAGAAAAGCUCCCACUUCCUUUCCUUUCCUAGUCAAAGGCAAAGGUGUGGCUUGUUUUUAUAUUUGUCUGCCACUGUAACGGCUAUAUGAUGUAGAUUGCAUUAGAUAAAAGGGAUUUGGACUGGAUACGGGACAUGGCCUCUCCCUUUCUCAUUCCAAACUCUACUACUACGUUUUAUUAUUGAAUUCCUCACAUGUUCUUUGGACUGCAAACCAUUUGUAUAUUUGCCUCUUUCAGGUCCUGGGAGAUGCUUUCAUUUCCUACGUACGAGGCCUUGAAACUUGAAAGCUUUUUUUUUUAAAGCUUUGUGCCAAUCAGGACGUCUCUUUCUGAUCCAAAAUUCGCCGUCCUCGUUAUGGAAUUCAGCGCCUAGAGGCCGUUUAUUGUUGUCGUGCCUAAUGCAAACAAAAACAUGACGAGGACGCCACCAAAGCUUAAAUAACGGUCUCUUUUGAAUCUUUCUUUCCAGCCCAGUAAAGUCCAAGCUCCGAACUGGAUCCAACUAUCAGGCCCACUUAUUAGAUAUCCAGACCCAGUCAAUUAUCCAAACCCCAGCCGUCUCAAAGCCAACGCCGUCGUUUCUUGCUACACAAAGCUACUUUGUUGCUUUUCCCCUUUUAUAUGUUUCAAUCACCGACGCGCCCAUCUUUCUCUUUCCGUUUAAACCCCAUUUUCCCACCACCACCAGUCCUCUCUUUCCUUAACUCGCUCUGUUUUCCUCCAUUGAUUCCCUCUUCCAAGAACUGUUCUCUUUACAGUCUUGAAUCCCCAACUACCCAGAAGAAAGAAAGCAAACCCCAAUUCAAUCUCCGAUCAAGAUUCUCAACUCGAUGAUUCCUUCCUCCUCCACCUCCGUCCUCUUCUUCCUCCUCCUCCUCCUCACUUCCGCCACCGCCGGAGGCGCAGUAGGCAACCACAGCUUCGAAUUCGACUUCCCUGCCUUCGCCAUCCGAAAUUUCACCCUCCUCGGAGACUCCUACCUCCGCAACGGAGUCGUCGGCCUCACCCGUGACGUCACCGUCCCGACCUCGAGCGCCGGCACCGUCAUCUACAACGACCCGAUUCCCUUCUCCGACCCGGAAUCCGCUCCGCCGUCCGCCGCUUCAUUCUCCACGAGAUUCACCUUCUCAAUCGGGAACGUCAACCCGAGCUCCUUCGGCGACGGCCUCGCCUUCUUCCUGUCCCGCGACAACGAGACCCUCGGCAGCCCCGGCGGCUACCUCGGCCUGGUCAACGCCUCCCGGUUGACCAAGAACAAGUUCGUCGCCGUCGAGUUCGACACCCGGGUCGAUUCCCACUUCGGCGACCCGAGCGAGAACCACGUCGGGUUCGACAUCGACAGCCUGAUUUCGAUCAAGACGGCGGAUCCCCUUUCACAGGGGAUCGAUUUGAAGAGCGGCGAGCAAAUCACGGCGUGGGUCGAAUACGACCACGUUGCAAAAGUCUUGGAUGUCUUCUUGAGCUUCUCGAUUUCCAAGCCGGAAAUCCCUCUCCUCUCCGUCGACGUCGACCUCUCCGACAACCUGAAAGGGAACGUUUACGUUGGCUUCUCCGGGUCGACGGAGGGAUCCACGGAGCUCCACUCGGUUCACAGCUGGAGCUUCAAUAUGACCGGAGAAGGAUCCCUGCUCAGACCCAGAUCGACGAAUCCUCCCCACAACGUCUCCGACAAUUCGAUCGUCAUCCCGUCGCCGGAGAUUCCGUCUUCCGAUUCCGGCAGCAAGAACCACAAGAAGCUCGGAUUGGGGCUGGGAAUCGCCGGCCCUUCCUUCUUCUGCGCGUGCCUCGUGAUUUUCGGGUACAUAUCCGUCAAGAAAUGGCAGAGGACGAGAGGAAGUAGUACCACUACGGGGAAAACAGAGCUGGUGGUGGCUUCCGGGCGGCCGAAGGAAUUCAAUUACAGGGAGGUGAAAUCGGCGACGAGAGGGUUCCAUUCCAGCAGAAUCAUCGGGAAGGGCGCUUUCGGAAACGUCUACAAGGCCUUCUUCGUCUCCACGGGGACAAUCGCCGCCGUCAAGAGGUCCAGACACUCCCACGAAGAAGGGAAAGAAGAGUUCCUCGCCGAGCUCACCAUCAUCGCCGGCCUCCGCCACAAGAACCUCGUCCAGCUCCUUGGAUGGUGCGUGGAAAAGGGCGAGCUCUUAUUAGUCUACGAGCUCAUGCCACACGGCAGCCUCGACAAGGCCCUCCACCACCCCCACGACGGCGGAGCACUCUCGUGGAUGCAGCGGCGAAACGUCGCCGUCGGGCUAGCCUCUGCCCUGACGUAUCUGCACCAGGAGUGCGAGCAGCAGGUGAUUCACAGGGACAUCAAAUCGAGCAACGUGAUGCUGGACGCCAAUUUCAACGCGAGAUUGGGCGAUUUCGGAUUGGCGAGGCUGAUGGACCACGACAAGAGCCCUGUUUCGACUCUGACGGCGGGGACAAUGGGGUAUCUGGCGCCGGAGUACCUCCACUACGGCAAGGCGACGGAGAAGACCGAUGUGUUCAGCUACGGGGUGGUGCUGCUGGAAGUGGCUUGCGGGAGGAGGCCGAUUGAAAGGGAGCCCGAGAGCCAGGGGAUGGUGAAUUUGGUGGAUUGGGUUUGGGGAUUGUAUGGAGAAGGGAGAGUGGUGGAAGCUGCUGAUGAUCGGCUGAAGGGGCAGUUUGAGACUGAAGAGAUGAAGAAGAUGCUGAUGGUUGGGUUGAGCUGUGCCAAUCCGGAUGGCGGCGAGAGGCCGACAAUGAGGAGGGUGCUUCAGAUGUUGAAUGGUGAAGUUGAAGUGAAGGUUCUGGCUAAGAGUAAGCCUACUCUCACUUUCUCUUGUGGGCUGAGCCUUUCUCUUGAGGAUAUUACCUCUGAUUGUGAAUAGGGAUGGGAUUGGGAGGUUCUGUACACUACUGCUGCUGCUAGUUAUGACUUGUACUAUACUUGAUUGUUUGAUUCUUUCAAUCACUUGUUGGUUCUUUAGUUCAGUAGUGUUGUUUGUGUUGAGUGAGUUAGUUGCUGAUUUGUAGUGUUGUUCAAAGCUUUGGAGGAAGGUAGCUUGUAGAUACUGAGAGCUCAAACAUAGUGUUUGUGUUUGCAUUGAACUGAAAGUGUAAAUCUGGUCUCUACCCAGAACGUAAUUCGAACAUUUCAGAUGGUUCCUGAUAAUGAUAAGC